AUGCCCCCGAAUUCUUUCCAAAAGCCGGAAACGGCUUUGAAACGGGCACAGGAGCUGAUUCAAGUUGGAAAAGAAUCCGAUGCCCUCGAUACACUGCACGACACCAUCAAGGCUCGUCGAUACAAGCAAUGGACGCAAACCCACGAACAAAUAAUGAUGAAGCAUGUAGAGCUCUGCGUUUUGCUCAAGAAACCGCAUGUAGCCAAAGAUGCAUUAUUUCAGUACAAAACACUUACUCAUCAGGUUGCCGUAAAAUCUUUAGAAACUGUCAUAGAGCAUUUUUUGCAAAUGGCUGAACAAAAAACUGAAGAAGCACAGAAGACAUCUAUUGAAAAAGUUGAAGAAAUUGAUGACCUUGAUCAAGGGGACGUUCCGGAAACGCUACUUUUGUCCGUGGUGUCUGGCGCUGCUGCUCAAGAUAGAAUGGAUAGAACUGUGCUGGCACCUUGGCUUCGGCAAGAUUUUGCAAUAGCUUUUAUGAAAUGCUACAAUUUUCCAUAUCAGGUGGAACAUCUCUAUCAUCGCAUCACAAGAAAAUCGUUUCAAUUUUGCUCGAAAUAUCAACGACGUACUGAAUUCCGGAAACUUUGUGAACUUCUUCGUCUUCAUCUAAAUCAAAUCCAGAAGCAUCAGUACCUCGCUCACGUGGUGAAACUGAGCUCUCCUGAGUCACUUUCAAUGAUGCAGGAGACUCGACUUUGUCAGCUGGAUACUGCCAUACAAAUGGAACUCUGGCAAGAAGCUUACAGGUAA